AGAAGUUACUUUCAGUUAAAUGGUACAUAUAAACAUAUAGGCGCAUUGAACUAAAAGUAAAAGACUUGUUAUGGUCCUAAGCUUUGAUAUAUAAUAGGCUCUUCACCAAAUAAUGAUACAUGUAUAGUCCUAAGUUAUACGUGUUUGACACGAGACGCUAAUUCUGUGGUUUUCAACCGGGAUACUGCGAUGACACUUUAGCAGUGCCGUGAAAUGGAUCAAUGGAAGAAAACCGACAUGAUGUUUCAAUGAUCUGACAAGGAGGUUGUCUGGGAGGACUUGAUGUGGGAAGCUGAUGUUAGAAUGUGAUGAAAACUGGAAAAUUAUGUGUGGCCAGCCCAUUGUGUAAUGGAAACAUAUCAUCUAAAUAUAUUUCAUAAAGAAUAUGGUAAUUUAUGGCAAGAAAAGUCUAUUACAAGUAAUACUGGGUUAAUAUUAGACAUAUAUAAUGAACCACAUUAUAAAAUAAAGUAUCCUAUCAGAGGAACGUUAUUUACUCAAGUAUCUAUUGAUAAACAAGGUAAUAAUGUUAUUGCUGGUGAUCAAAGUGGAUGCAUUUACGCUUUUGAUAUUGAAAGAAAUCGAUUUUGGUUAAUUUAUCAACUUUGUCAUUGUUGUUCUGCAAUAGCAUUUACAGAAAUAGAAGAUAAAGAUAUUCUUGUCGCAAUAACUGAUGCUAGAUACAGCCUUUAUUUAUUUAAUUCUAAAACUAAAAAGGUGAUUUCAGUCAUGAGGAACCAUAAAACAUCAAUUAACUAUAUUUCUGUUGAUGACAAAGGACAACGAUGCCUUAGUAGUUCAGUCGAUCUAGCUGUUUUAUGGGAUUUAAAAACGUAUACAGCUUUACAUCAUUUAAUUGUGAGCAGAAAGGAAAUAUGCAAAGCAAUUUAUAUACCAUUUCAAAAUGAAAUAGCAAUUGCUUUUAAAGAUGGAAAUUUAUUUUUAUGGGAAUCAACAACUUUGAGAUUUCAAAAACAACUUCAUUCGACAGAUGAUCCUGAUAAAGGAAUAAAAUCAUUAGAUGUAUCUAGUGAUGGAUUUUUAUUAGCUGCUGGAAAUCGUAAAGAUAAAUUAUUAUUGUGGAAUAUGAAUACCAAACAGAUUGUGUGUAUCAUAAAUGUGUCAAGAAUGAUUGAAUCAAUUAAACAAGUAACUUUUAUGCCACUUGGAAUAUGGAAGAACUCAGAUUAUAUAUUAGGAGUAAUAGGACAAGAUGGAUGCUUGCACAUAUAUGAUUCAAACUCAGCAGAACAUCUACUUGAAGUACAAUUGGACAAUGACAAGAUACGUACAAUUUCAACUUCAGAAUAUGGACACAGAUUUGCAGCAGUUUCUGGAAAAGGCCAUAUUUUAUUAUUUGACUUGAAUAAUCAUUUUCAGCAAAAAAGAACUGAUUUAAAGAGCAAGAGAAAAAAUAUAAGAAGAGAGAAUUUAGAACAUUUUUAUUCAGGAUCAAAUGCUAAGAAAUGGAAACAAACUGAAAUUGCUGAGGAAAUUCCCACUUCUAAAUUAUGUUUUUUAAUAAAGAAAUUUGGAGUAUGCCCAGAAGAAUAUAGAUUUCUUAUUUGGUUUAAACUCUUGAAAUUGCCUGGCAACUAUGAUUCAUUUGAAAUGCUAAUUGAGAAGGGAGAGCAUCCAUCAUGUGCUCAACUUUGCCAACAAAUUUCUCAAAAUAGUACAAGUGAUAGUACAUUUAGAGCAUUACAAAGAUUAUUAUCAGCACUGCUUCAUUGGUGUCCAUUUUUUGGUGAUUCCUCUUACGUUCCUUUAAUGAUAUUUCCAUUUGUGAAGAUUUUUCAUAGUAAUUUGUUGAAUUGUUUUGAAGUAAUAUUAUCUGUUUUAUGUAAUUGGUACCAGAAUUGGUUUUUAUAUUUUCCACUGUUACCUGUUAGUAUUUUAAGUGCUAUAGAAAAUCUAUUAGCACAUCACGAUAAACAAUUACUACAACAUUUUGCAAAUGUCGGAGUUAAAGCAGAUCUUUAUGCAUGGACAUUACUGCAAAAUUCAUUCUCCAAAAUACUACCUCAUAAACACUGGCUUCAACUUUGGGAUCACAUUUUUUCAAAUAAUUUGUCUUUUAUGUUAUUUGUUGUAAUAUCAUUCAAUAUUAUUAUAAGAAAUAUAUUAAUAAGAUGUACAACAGUAGAAGAAAUGAAGCCUUAUUUUGAUCAGGAAGCUAAUAUUUCAGCUGAAAGAAUUAUUCAUAAAGCUUAUAUCUUGAUGGAAAAUACUCCAUUUAAUUUAAAACCUGAUUUUAUUAUAGGGCAUUUUAUGCCACUUCCAAAAGGAACAUAUCCAAUUUUUACCAAAUUUCCUAAAGAUAGUGAUCAUUUUAAAGCUAAGGAAGAAAUAUAUUUAGAAGAAUUAGAUUAUUUACAGAGAAGAAAAACUGGAAUUUCAAUUGAUAAUAUUUUAUAUGAAAAGUGGCGAAAUGAAAGUCCAUACGUACGGGCCAACAAUACAGAUUUUAAAGUAUUUAAUUUAUUAAAAGAUUAUCAACUUGAAAAAAGAAGAAGAAAAUAUAACAUUGAUGAAUUAGAAAAUUUAGAAACAAGGAGAAGAAAUAUGUUAAAGAGUACAGAAUUAUGUACAAACAAUGAAGCUGAUAUAAGUGAUAAAGAAAAUAAAAUGCAAAGAAGAUAUGAAGAGUGCAAAAUAAAAAAUCUUCAAUUAUUGAUACAAAGAAAACUUUUGAAUGAGGAAUUUCUGUAUAAUUUGGAUACAACAACAGAAUCUAUGAAAAUAAGAUUAACGGAUUGGUAUCAAAAACAAGAAUUUGAUAAACCUGUGACUUUUGUUAAAAGUUGGUUUAACCUUGAAGAUAAGAAUCUUACAAAAAGAGAUAGUGAUGAUGAUGAUGAUGAUACUGAUACUGAUAGAAUGAAAGAAAAUCAUGAUGACAAAUCAAAAGUUAGAAUACAAUCAGUUUAUCAUAAAAAAAGGCCUGUUAACCAAGCUUUGGAAAUUAGAAGAAAAAUCAUCAAUCAAGAAAAAAUGAGACUGAAAGAAAACAAAUCUACAUAAAACUGAACUUUAUUGAAUACUGUACAGAUUUAUAUACAAUAAAUACU